GCGCCGCCGGGCCGGGCUGGUGCGCGCGGACGCGGGGGGCGCGAGAGGGGCCGAGGAGCAGGCUGCCGGAGCAGCGGGCGGAGGCGGAGCCGGGCCUGGCUAGCCGGGUAUUGUCUGCAGGGUUUAACCCCUCGCGUGCUGCAGACGGCGCGGGGGGAGCGCCCGGGGGGCUAUGGAGACGCAGGUGGAAUCAAUAUCAUACCCUGGCUUCCCAGUUGAAGGUGGAAGCCAUGACCCCUUUCCUGUGGAGGAGGAUCCUGACAACACAAGGUUUCCUGUGGCUGAACCGCAUUUUUCCUGGAUGGAACCAGGGGAUGAGCUGCAGCUGCCCGACCCAGGAGAGAGGCAAGAGCUGACCGUUGUCAAAGCAGCAGGCUCUGGCUCAUCAAGUGGGGAAGAGGAGGAAGUAGAGGAUGAAGAGGCUUCUUGCCCGGAGAGCUGUGAGUGGUCUUUGGAGAAGAAUGCCGGAUCUGCUGCUUCAAGGGGGCCAGACCCUCGUCGGUUCAGUUGUUCAGAGUGCGGUAAGGGAUUCGCCCAGAGUUCGAACCUGGUGAAACAUCAGCGGAUUCACACGGGGGAGCGCCCGUUCCGGUGCUCCGAAUGUGGCCGUGGGUUCAGCUGGAGCUCCUCGUUAGCAGAACACCUGAAGGCGCACGGGGGACGCCGGCCCCACGCAUGCGGCGAGUGCGGGAAGCGCUUUGCCCGUGGCUCUACGCUGGCUGAACAUCAGCGGGUUCACACAGGAGAGAAGCCCUUCCGGUGCCACCAGUGCGGGGCCCGUUUCUCGCAAAGCUCCACCUUGGCUCACCACUUGCGCACGCACUCGGGCGAACGCCCCCACGCUUGCCCUGACUGCGGGAAAUGCUUUGGGCGCAAAUCCACUCUUGUCACGCACCGGCGGACUCACACUGGCGAGAAACCCUACUGCUGCAAGGAAUGCGGUCGCUGCUUUGGCGUCAGCUCCGACCUCGCGAAGCAUGUGCGCAACCACCGCACUAACGGGAGCAGUUGGGGAAACGCUGUGGCAAAUCUGUGCCCGCCCGUUCCCCUUUCAGGUGCGCCUCCGAGCAUCCGGCAAGUUGCAAAAGCUUCCCCCGAGGACUCAGAUCUAGCUGGGCAAUAUCAUGAUCAGACAAAGGGGGAGGAAAAGAAAACCUGUGUGUGCCCUGAAUGCGGGGAGGGUUUCAGCCAGAGUUCUGCCCUCGCUGCCCAUCAGAGGACCCACAUGACUGAGGUCCCUGAGGACUGCCUUCAGCGUGGAGAAACCUUCCCGGACAAUAGAGAACUGGCGGCCCGUGUGACAAGUCAUCACGUAGAAGAGAAACCCCACAAAUGCCUAGACUGUUAUGCUUGUUUUUCUGAAAGCUCUGCUCUCGAGAUACACCAGCAAAUACACUGUGGAGGGGUAUCCCACUACUGCCACCAAUGUGGAGAGAACUUCCCCAGUAGUUCUGAAUUGGAGCAACACCAAAGCAACCACGGAGGCCAGGAGGAGCCUUUGGAGAACGCGGAGAGUAGGACCAGCUUUACUGAGGCCACUGAUAUGAUUACACACACCCUGCUUGAGGAUUCUCACAACUGCCUCCAGUGUGAAGAAGCAUUUCCUGAGAGCGAAGAACUAGCCCUUCACCAGUUGAGCCCCUGUGACAAGGCAGGCAAGGAAGAGAAACCUUACAAAUGCUCCGUUUGCAGUUCUUGUUUUUCUGAGACCACAGAUCUUGUGAUGCACAAGCUGAGCCACAGGGCGGACAAAAGAUCCCAGCUGCGUGUCGAAACACUCCCUGACAACUCAGAGCUCGCAUCUCGCGCCGCAGAGGCCGCCUUGGACAAGCCGUACGCCUGCACAGCCUGCGGCAAGACCUUUGCCCUCUUUGCUACGCUGGCGGCGCACGAGCGCAUCCACAUGUCGGACGAUGACGCCUACCGCUGCCCGACGUGUGGCGAACACUUUCCCGACAGCGGCAAACUCGGGAGGCACCAAAGACGCCACUUGGGCGAAGAGAGGCCUUUCCGGUGCCCGGCGUGCGGCAAGGGCUUCGUGCUGCUUUCGGGGCUGCGGCAGCAUCGACGGGAUCCUCCAGCCCGGUGCCCUCAGUGCAGGGAGACCUUUGUGUGGCGCUGCAGGCUUACUGAACACCGACGCAUCUGCCACCCAGCAGAGCGCCCUUAUAAGUGCCCGGAGUGCGGCAAGGGCUUCGCCCAGAGCUCGAAGCUCCUGCGGCAUCAGGUGACCCACACAGGCGAGAAACCAUCUGCGCCCCCCCCCGAGUGUGGCAAAAUCUUCAGCCAGAGUUCCAACCUGGCCGAGCACCGGCGCACACAUGCCCCCGGCAAGGCCCACCACUGCGCCAUCUGCGGCAAGGCGUUUGCCCUGGGCUCCUACUUAGCCAAGCACCAGGCCACCCACACGGGCGCCCGCCCUUUCCGAUGCACCGAGUGCGGGAAAGGCUUCCGGCAGAGCUCCAACCUCAUCCAGCACCAGCGAACCCACACGGGCGAGAGACCUUAUGUGUGUGCCUCCUGUGGCAAAUCCUUCACCCAGAACUCGCACCUGGUCAAGCACCGGCGCGUUCACACGGCUGAAAGGCCUUACCGCUGCCCGGUCUGUGGCAAGAGCUUUCGGCAGCGCGGUAACCUGGCUGAACACCAGCACCAACAUGCGGGCACACGCCCAUACGUCUGUGGCGCUUGUGGGAAAUCCUUCCGGUGGAGUUCGGCUUUCUCCAAACACCAGCGCACCCACCUGACUUCCUGACAUGUGGUUUCUGAACUCUGACCCUGGGUGGGUGGGAGUUAGGGAGGAAAACAGGACGUUCUGCCUCCUGAGUUUGGCCUUUUUCAAACACCAAAAACUUUGCUUCCUCUGUCCUGAUUGCGUGUGGCCAAAUAAGAAAUCCUUCUUGUGGAGUCUGACCACGUUUGAGUACCAGCUGAUCCGUCUCUGCCUUAUCCCUGACCACAAUCCGAAGAGAAAAGGCCUUCCAGUGAAACUCUGUUUUUUAAGCAUCUGUCAAAUGGUAUCCAGUCAAAAUGGUCACUUCCUAGCCCUAAAUCUGAUGCUUCAACCUAAUCUUGCACAUAAACCCUGAGACCUGCUUUAGUUAAAACGUUAGAUUUGUUUUGUGGUUCUCAUUAGCAUUGGCAUAUCCACCUUAUAAGACUGUUUCUGGUCUGUUGACUCAUAACCUGUUAAUUCCAUCUCUGGAAACGUUCCUCCAGAUUUCCCCCUGUUCUAGGACUACAUCAUAUUCUGCUGCUGAAAUUUUCCCCAAGAUCAGGCCUCAUUGAUAUCUGUCUAGCUCCUGGAGUAUUCCGUGAACUACCUCAGAUCAUUGGUCCUAAAUUCUAAUAGGCUACGGUUAGGUGAAAGUCAGAUAACAUUGCUUUAACUGCCUCAAAAAAAGGAAACCCGUCAUUCUGACCUGCCAAAGUGUGAUGGAAAUGUGGUUGGUAUUCACGGGAUUUGGAUGCAGGGGUCUUCUCUCCAGAGUCAGCACCUGGCAGCCAGUCAAAAGUGGUACACCACCCUAUCAAAUACACCUCUGAUUCUUGGGAGCAAAAGUGAGGGCUGUUGGGAAAAUCUGAAGGUCUAUGCAUUUAUCAAAUGCAUUUAUAUCCUCAUAUUCCUUCAGAGAUCUUGGAAGUGUAGGCUUUUGCUGUCCUCUCGCUGAAAGUGGUCAGGUGGGUUUGGACUGGUUUUUUUACUCAGGGCUACCCAGUAUGGUUCAUGACUCCGAAUUUGAACUUAGGGUAGCAUUCAGACAUCUGUAUAAGCUAAAACAUGCACUUCAGCUAACAUAUGCACAAUCUCCGUUUGCUGUCAGGCCUGUUUGUGCUUGUCACUUUUUGUGUGGAGGAUCCUGUGUUGUAUGAAUGCAGGCGUGUGGGUUAACUGGAGUAAAUGUCCUCCCCAGAAACCAGGAUUGGAUGCUGCUCGUAAAGAAUGGGGUGCAGAUCUGGUGGGAACACUAAAGUCUGACGGAAAUAUGAUUCUGCAGUUCUUCUACCACCUGGUAUUCACUACAUGCUCUGCUACCAUAAAGACCACAAACACAUCCUUUUGGGCUACUGUCACAUUCUGCAGUGGCGUUGUGGUUAAGAGCAGGUGCGUUCUAAUCUGGAGGAACUGGGUUUGAUUGGCCGCUCUGCCGCCUGAGCUGUGGAGGCUUAUCUGGGGAAUUCGGAUUAGCCUGUGCACUCCCACACA